AUGGCAUACAAGACUCCCAUCUCGGAGCCUAUCGCCAUCGUCGGGGCAGCUUGUCGCUUCGCCGGGGGCGCCACCACGCCGUCACGCUUGUGGCAGCUCCUCGAGAAGCCAAUGGAUUUGAGCCAGGAGAUUCCUGCCUCAAGGUUCAACGUCAAGGCGUUCUAUCAUCCCGACGGAGAGUACCAUGGCACUACCAACUCCCCCAAGGCGUAUUUUAUUGACCAAGACCACCGGGUCUUUGACGCGGCCUUCUUCAACAUCUCUCCCAAAGAGGCCGAGGCCAUUGAUCCUCAGCAGCGCAUGCUGCUCGAGGUCGUGUACGAGGCGCUCGAGUCCGCCGGCUACUCGCUUCACCAGUACACUGGCGAGAAGGUCGCUGUUUUCGCCGGGCUCAUGACAGGCGACUUCGACUCUCUCUCUCAGCGCGACGAGCUCGACACCAGCCAGUACUACGCCACUGGCAACGCGCGAUCGAUCCUGUCCAACCGCAUCUCGUACUUUUUCAACUUUGCGGGGCCCUCCAUGACCAUUGACACUGCUUGCUCCUCCAGCUUGGUCGCUCUUCACCAAGCCAUCCUAAGCUUGCGCUCCGGGGAGUGCAAGAUGGCCUGCGUCGCCGGCGCCAAUCUCAUCCUGACUCCCGAGAACUUUAUCGCCGAGUCGAAUCUUCACAUGCUCAGCCCCACGGGCCACUGUCGCAUGUGGGAUGCUGCCGCUGAUGGGUACGCCCGCGGCGAAGGUGUCGCCGCCAUGUUCAUCAAGCCCUUGAGCCAAGCCCUCGCCGACGGUGAUCACAUCGUGGCCAUCAUCCGCGAGACCGGCGUCAACUCGGACGGCCGCUCUCGGGGAAUCACGAUGCCCAACUGGGAAGCCCAGUCACGCCUGAUCCAGGACACCUACCGGCGCACCGGUCUAGAUCCCGAGGCUCCCGAGGAUCGCUGCCAGUAUUUCGAAGCCCACGGUACUGGAACCAUCGUCGGCGAUCCCAACGAGGCGCGCGCGAUCGAGGACGCUUUUUUUGGCCAGCACAAGAGUUCCGCCUCCGACGUCAAGCUUCUAGUCGGCUCUGUCAAAACCGUGAUCGGCCACACUGAAGGCGCUGCCGGCCUUGCCGGCCUUUUGAAGGUGGUGGAGAGCAUGCAUCACGGCACGGUGCCGCCGAAUCUGCAUCUCGACAAGCUCAACCCUGACGUUGAGCCGUACUACAGCCACCUGUUCGUCCCUACUUCGGCUGUCGCUUGGCCCGACGUUCCGGUCGGACAGCCCAGGCGCGGAAGCGUCAACUCGUUUGGCUUUGGAGGUACCAACGCCCAUGCUAUCGUAGAGCAGUACGUGCCCGCGGUGCAUGAUCCUAUCGCCCUUUCUUAUCGCCCGGGCCUCAAGACCCCGACGCCCUCCGAUCGACUCCGUGGCGCAGAGCACGGCCAGGUGUGUCUGCCGCUUCUUCUUUCGGCGCCCUCUCAGAAGUCGCUGGUGGCCGUAGCCAAAGCAUACCGUGAUCAUCUCAUUCAGGGACCCGCGCACAGCAUCCAAGAACUUGCUUGGCACACCUAUGCCCGACAGACAGCUUUCCCCUUCCGCCUUGCUGUUUCUGGUCUCUCCUUGUCCGGACUCGUCAACAAGCUCGACACCUUGAUCGCCGAAUCCAAGGACUACCCAAACGCGGACACCCUCGGCACUCGGGCCCGGCUCAGGGAUGAGCAGCCCAAGAUCCUUGGCGUCUUCACCGGUCAGGGUGCCCAGUGGGCCACGAUGUCUCGCGGACUCUUCCUCUCGUCCAAGGUCUACGCAGACACCAUCCGGUCGCUGGAUGCUAUCCUGCGGACGUGCCCGGAGCCCCCUUCGUGGACGCUGGAGAACGAGAUCAUGGCCGACGCGCCCUUCUCCAGGAUCUCGGAGGCGUCCAUUUCGCAGCCUCUUUGCACGGCCGUUCAGCUCGCGCUGACUGAGCUUCUUCGCUCUCUCGGCAUCACCUUCCACACCGUCCUGGGCCACUCCUCUGGCGAGAUUGCCGCGGCAUACGCAGCAGGUAGAAUCUCUCUUGGCGACGCCAUGCUGAUUGCUUACUACCGCGGUUUGGGUGUUGACAUGGCCCGUGGCGCCGACAAUGCCAGGGGCGGCAUGGUUGCGGUCGGCCUAUCCAGGACGGAGGCAGAAGAGCUGUGCGCGAGACCGGAGUAUCUUGACCGGCUUUGGGUCGCAGCCAGCAACGCGCCCGCCAGCACUACGCUCUCUGGCGACGUCGAUGCUGUUGGACAGGUCCGUGAGGAGUUGACAAAACAGGGAAAGUUCGCCCGUGUUCUCUUCGUGGACACGGCUUAUCAUUCCCCGCGCAUGGAGGGCCCUUCAGCCAAGUACGUCGAGGCCCUGAAGGGUUGUGGCAUCACUCCGCUGGCUGGUAACAAUACCAUCUGGGUGUCGAGCAUGCUUGGCCAGGGGCAGCCCUCACGAGCCGAGCUGGCCGCAAACUACUGGAAAGAAAACAUGGUGCGGCCGGUGCUUUUCUACGAGGCCGUCGCUGCCGCUUUGGAUACUCAUGGUCCCUUCGAUUGUGCCAUUGAGGUUGGGCCGCACCCAGCCUUGAAGAGCCCGGUCAUGCAGACCGUCAAGACCGUCAUGACGGUCGAGAAGGCUUCAUCCAUCAUCCCGUACUCUUCCCUGCUCCACCGCAAGUUGGACGAUCGUGAGGCAUUUGCGGAUUUCCUCGGCUGGAUGUGGACGCACUUUGGAUCGUCCAGCCCUCAGAUUCGCCAGUUCGUCUCGGGUUCUCUGCAGCCAGAGCUUGUGAACUCCCGGGUUGUGAACACGCCGUCCUACCCAUGGAAUCACUCCCAGAAGUUCUACAGGGAAUCGCGCAUCUCCCGCCAGUAUCACUUCAAAGUCGAUAGGCCCCACGAACUUCUUGGCGUCCGAACCCGUGACGACAAUAAGCACCAACUCAGGUGGCGCAACAUUCUCAGUUAUCACAAACUGCCCUGGGCCAAACAUCACAGCUUCCAGGGUCAGGCACUGCUUCCGGCUUCGGCGUAUCUAGUUAUGACCCUGGAUGCGGCACGCAUUGCGCUGGCUGGUCGACAAGCUUCCGUCGUUGAACUACGCAAUCUCGAGUUUCACAGCGGCAUCAUCCUUGAGCCAGACACGUUCGGUGUGGAAAUCCUGUUCAACUUGUCCAUCGAGCGCGAGUUCCCAAACGCCAUCGAUGCGUCAUUCACGCUGACCUCUGUCAUCGCGGGCGGCAGCUCGGACAUGAAGAAGAACUUUAGCGGCAGCCUCACCAUCGCCCUCGGGAAUCCCUCCUCAGACGCUCUCCCGGCCCGGCCGGCAAGCCGUGCUGAAACGUUGCACGCCAACCCUGACGCCUUUUACGACAUGAUGGCCAGUACCGGACUCGUGUACAGUUCCGCCUUUCGCGGUCUGCAGACUUUGGAGAGGCGCUACAACUUCGCUUCCGGCACGCUGAAGAAGUACCACGAUGAAGACACCACCUCGUUGAGCAUCAGCCCGGCUACGCUAGAUAGCUGCCUGCAGACCGCAUUCGUCACCGUCUCGUCCCCGGGUGACAAUGCGAUAUGGGGCGCCUUUCUUCCGUUGGAGAUCGGGUGCGUCCGCUUCAGCUUGGCCACUUGCACCAUCCAAGAUCGCGACCGAGACCGGCUUGUGGUUGAUGCUUACCUGACCAACGCGACGCCUGCCACCGAGCAAACCGCUGCGUCCUACACGGCCGAUAUCGAGAUCUUUAACCCCAAAGGAGACAUGGAGAUCCAGAUCCAGGGCCUCACUGUCGGCUGCGUCGGCUUGACCAGUGCCGAAGAUGACUAUGAGCUCUAUCUCACCACCAGGUUCGAUACCGAUCCGGACUAUGAGAUUGUUUCUUCAGGGCCAAUUGACCAGGCCGCGACGAACCCGAACCUGGUUAAGAGCUGCGAGCGGGUUGCGGCCCUCUACUCCAGCCAGACACCUACCCUCCACCAUCGUUCUUUGGGUUUGUGGCUGGGCCAGACCAAGACUCCCAGGCCGCCGAAGCCGUGGGGAGCUGAGACGGAGGAGACGUUGGACAGCUUCAUCCGCACGUCUCCUUACUUCGUCACCCUUGACUUCAUUCGCGAGCUGGGCAAGAACCUCCCGGACGUCCUGGUCGGAAUGUUGCCUGCGAUCAUGGAAGAGGCGCACCAACUCGUCGCAUUCCAACAGCAUGUAUCCAGGGUUGUCACGCAGAUCUCGCACAAAUACCCCCGGAUGAGUGUUUUGGGACUUCUGGACACUGAUAUGGGCUUGACCGAGCAUGUGCUGACCGGCUUGAAUGAUUCUUUCACCUCGUACCGCCUCGGAUUGGAGCCAGAGAGGAACCUGGACGCUCGUAUCCCGCUUAACGACCCUAUCAGGCGGAAGAUUCUGGUAAAAGGGAUUGAUCUGAAUGCCACUGAACCGGAAGAGAAUUCACGGUAUGACCUCGUGCUGCUUACGUCUUCCAUCAUCGAUCCCCAGAAGACCGCAAGCACGCUUCGGCUAGUCGGGCGCAUGAUGCGCCCCGGAGCCUUCUUGAUGCUCGUCAAUGUAUCUCGAAGCCCGCUAAAGGACAGGAUUCGGCGCUACGCCGGUAUUUCGACUGGCUCAGACGUCCUUCCUUCUCCGCCGGACUGGCCGGAUCUUCUCGAUUCAUGCGGAUUUGGGUACUCGAUGAAGAACGGGAACCAGUACUACCCUCCCGGGUUUUCACUCAUCAUCCGCCACUCCGAUUCUACCGAGAAGAUAUCGCUGCUCAACCCUUUCGCUAAUUUGGGCCAUUCACUCCUCUCUGACCGCCUGCUAGUUGUCGGUGGAAAGAAGAAGUCAACGGCACUCAUCUCAUCAUCCAUCUGUUCCGCUCUUGCGCCCCGAUGCGGUGGUCUUGACCAAGCCGAGACGCUUGAGUGGGUUGAUGUUGAGUACGCGGCAUCCUUCUCGGCGGUAAUCAUCCUCAGCGACGUAGAUGAGCCCAUUCUGGCCACCAUGACGAACAAACGAAUGGAGGCUCUCCGGGCACUCUUCAAACCGCAGAUGACCGUCCUCUGGGUCACCCACAACGCUCGGUUCCUCAACCCAGACCACGCGGCGUCGUUUGGGUUCACCCGCACCCUGGCUGCAGAGGUUCCCGGACUCAUCCUGCAGAUGCUCGAUCUCACCACCGCCGACACUGCGACGGCCUCGGUGGCCAUCACGGAGACCUUUGCCCGGCUCGUCAAGCAUAGCCUGGCUCACCGCCCGAGUGGGAGCGGGCCGCUUUGGAUCAACGAGCCCGAGAUCCACUUGGAAGACGGUCAUCGGCUUGUUCCGCGCGUUGUGCCGUGGAAAGAGGGUAACAACCGGGUAAACGCCUUCCGCAGGGUCGUGAAGAAGACUGUAAACACCCUGGAGAAAACCGUACGCAUUGUGGAAUCAGCGCCGUCUGGAGAGCACAGCACGUAUUACCAUAUCGAAGCCGAGCAGCUCGGAGCUUGGGUGCUCGACAUGUCCACAGGCUCGAGCCAGCUUUCUCAUCUGCUCAUGCAGACCAUGCCAAGGAAUUGCAGAUACACAGCCUGCAAGGCCCUUCUCGGGACCAACCGUCUCACAAGCGAUGAGAAAGACGCAUACUCUGCAAAGUUUUGGGACAAGGCCGUGGCUCUUUCUCUUGCCAAAGCAGAGUCUCGUGAAACCGCUCCUGCUCCCGCCCUGACGACGAUCAGUGACUUGCUUCGAGCCGAAGAGCCUAGCCCACCCUUCUGUCUUGUCGACUGGAAGUCUGACCGUUUAGCGUCGCAGACGGUCAAGCCGUUGGCCGGAACGGGCCUGCUGAGCCCGACAAAGACUCGAAAUCCGCCCAAGACGCAGCCGAACUGGCAGACCGAGACGAUGGCCAAGGGCAUCAAUGUUCGCUUCGAAACGCUCGACGUUACCAGCCUGGAGCAAGUCCUGGAACUCAAGGCCAAGCUAUCCGAGACCCUCCCUCCGGUGGGUGGCGUGGUCAACGGCGCCAUGGUCCUCGAAGACGGCGUCUUCUCGCAAAUGUCUCUCGACACCUUCCACCGGGUCAUGAAGCCAAAGACAAUCGGGUCCAGGAACCUUGACCAAGCCUUCAGCGCGGCCGACAUGGACUUUUUCAUCAUGACCUCCUCCUUUGCCGCGAUCGGCGGCCACGCGGGCCAGAGCAACUACGCCGCCGCCAACAUGUACAUGAACGGUCUCGCGGCCUCCCGCCGGCGCCGCGGCCUCCCGGGCUCCGUCCUCAACAUCGGCGUCAUCUACGGCCUGGGCUUCCUGCACCGCGAGAAGGGUUGCCUCUACCAAGGUCUCGAGCGCGAGGGCUACCCGCCCAUCUCGGAGCGCGACAUCCACCACAUGUUUGUCGAGGCCAUCGUCGCGGGCAAGCCCACAGGGCCCGGCCGGCAGCGGGCGGAGGAGGAAGUCUACGACAUCACCACGGGCCUGCGACGCUUUCCCGCCAGCAGCCCCACCCUGCAUUGGCACCACGACCCGCGCUUCGGCCAUCUCAACACGCGGCGCGACGACCACGAUGACGAUGAUGACGUCUUCUCGGGCGCGCCGCGCACCGUCGCGAACGCCAGCACCGCCGCCGGGGCCUCUGCCGCCUGGGCCGCCGGCUCCCACCACAAGAAUGACGAGGGCAGCCUGCGGCAGCGGCUCGACGCCGCUACCACCCACGACGAGCUCGUCGACGUGCUGGAGCCGGCCUUCGCGGACGAGGCGCCGGGCAGCGGCAGCGUGACGGCGGAGCACAGCAUCGUCGACCUGGGCGUGGACUCGCUCGCGGCGCUGAGCAUGCGGGCGUGGGCGUGGAAGGCGCUGGGCCAGGACGUGGCGGCCAUGAAGCUCCUGAGCGGGGCGACGGUCGCGGAGCUGUGUCGGGAGAUUGCCGGCGGCAUCUUGGAGGGUCGGAAGGCGGCCCGGGAGAGGAGCGAGCAGAUCGGCGAGGCGGACGAUGGCGCCGCUGCGGCUGCGGCUGCGGCUGCGGCUGUCGAGGAGAACGGGAGCGAGGUUGUUGUUGCGACGCCCGGCUCUCUUACGACUAUUACUACUGCCUCUUUUGUUUCUGGCAGCGUGCGAGAGACUACGGAGUCUACUGCGGUUUCCGUUUCCUCAAAUACGGAGGAGAAUAGUCAGGUGGAAGGAAGAUGCGGGCGGCGAUGUUGCGGAGAGGUAAUAUACUAA